AUGGCUCUUGAUAUGAUCGAUAUGUCUUUCGCCGUCGACCAACCUCGCUCCUUCAACAACAACAACAACAACAACUUCUUGGACGACCAGUACCUCGACGACGACGACCAAGACCACCUUGCGGGCAUCGAUACCCAUACAGCCAUGGACACUCAUACAGCCAUGGACUGGGCCAGCAACAUCGACCCGUCCUUGAACGAUCUCUCCUCUUUCCAGAACAGGAGCCAAGGACAACAACCUCCCUGGCCGUACCAAGUCGAAGUCGCGCAGCAGCAACAACAACAUCAAAAUCAACAUCAAGAACAAAGCCAUCAUCAUCCAGCUAUGGAGCGAUUUGUGAGCGAGCCAGAUCGGGCGCUCUUCACAGCCCCGAAUCUCUCUCGGAACACCAUGCCGCACCCUUCAUCCCCCGUGUCGUCGCCUCUUUACCCAUUAUACCCAAGAAUAGCCUCACCCUCGCCAUCACAAGGACUGUUCUCGACCUGUGGAAGCGGAAGUGCGCAGAGUCCUCAGACAGAGCCAGAGUACAUUCUUGACAAUCAACACUUUGGAAUGGAUAGCUACUACCGUCUCCCCCAGACGCAUUAUCAGUUCCACUCUGUUCCUCGGCCAGGCGGACAUCCUCACGUCAGCAUGAACCAAGUACAGACCUUUGCCGACCUAGAAGACGCCUUGUACGAGAACGAGCCGGGUCUAGGUAAUAUGGCCCUCAACGCCAGGGGAAUGGACCGUCAACACUACGCGAUCCAACCACACAUGCAGCUCGCAGGUGAUGUGCAAGCCUUCCGCUACCCCUCGGACGAAGGCCUCGGCGCCCCUAUUCAAGACUCGGUCUCCCCCAGACCCGUAUUCCUCAACAACGACAGCCCAACCUCCGAGAUUGACGCUGACUUCUACUCUAUCACCGACGACGACCCCAACAUCCCGGAUGCCGACUCCCCAGCUUCACAGGACCAAGAAUACACCCCCAGCUCCUCACGAACCCGCAAGCGCGCUCUCACUUCCAGAUCUCGCGCCGCUCACCAAAAACGCAAUAACCGGGUCUCCAGGCCUCCACCUAAGGCCAAGGGCCAAGUCUCCUGCAGAUACUGCUCACACUCGCAGUUCAGGGACGCCACCGCCCUACAGCGUCACGUCGCUGAGGCACACGCCCGCGCCUUCGUCUGCGUAUUCGGGUUCGCUGGCUGCAGCGCGACAUUCGCAAGCAAGAACGAAUGGAAGCGCCAUGUCAGCUCGCAGCACCUCAACCUCACGGCCUGGGUAUGCGAUCUAGGCAGCUGUGGGAAGGCGCCUGCGCAAAGCCACAAUAGCCCUGCGAGCGGUGGUGUUGACGUUGGCGGAACUGGCAUUGGGAAUGCGCAUGGCAACAGGAUGAACAGGAGCAGCGAGUUCAACCGCAAAGACCUGUUCACGCAGCACCUGCGACGCAUACACGCCCCGGCCUCGGUGAAGCGCAAGAAGAGCGGCAGCGACCCGGUCUGGGAGGAGCAGAUCAAGCUGCUGCAAGACGCUUGCGUGGUCCAGAAGCGGCAGGCGCCGCAGAACUUGGGAUGUCCCGUGCGCGGGUGCGGCGUGCUGUUCAAGGGCGCGGCGUGUUGGGACGAUCGCAUGGAGCACGUUGGCAAGCAUCUGGAGAACGCCGCGGCGAGAUCCAAUAGUGGUGAUGGCAGUAGUGAGCAGGCUGAGGUUGUCGAUCACAGCGCUGAUGAGCUGCUUGUGCAUUGGGCUUUGAAAGAGCGUGUGGUGGAGUAUCAAGUUGGGCAAUUCGUUCUCUGCGGCGGCGGCGGCGGCGGUGGUGCGCACCACCCACCAUUGUUGUCGUCUCCGAGGCGCCAGCGAAUUAUUCACGAGCAGGAUGAUCAGGAUGCUGAGUUUGAGGAUGAUUGA